AUGAACCUGAUCAGCGUGCCGAAGCUGUUGCGAGACCGCUAUUCGGCGGUGGCGCACCCGCAGAACGUCUUUGUGCAACGCCGAGGACGGACGGUGGGGACCGCCUACGAUACGGAGGAGGAUCUACUGAUCCUGCGGUGCCAUGUGAGCAAGAGAUCCCGAGAGCGAGUCCAACUGGCGAGGGCGCCGGCGACUCAUGACCAUGCAGAUUCCCUUGAACCGCAGGCGGUGGCCAUGGACGUCGACGACCCUCGGGAGUCAAGUGACGUAGAAUGUACAGCGUCAACCUCUGAACUCGGUGGUGAAGCACGGAUACUCGAAGCAGAUGCGGGCACAGGAGUGGACCAGGCCUCCGAAGCGUUGUGGCACGCUCGGAUGGGACAUCUGAACCGGGGCGACUUAAGGGUGGUCCUCCGGCAGACUGGCACUCCGUACCGACCGCUGACGCCGGCGCAGCUGCUGGCAACGCCGCAGUGCGCAGCAUGCAUGUCGGGUAAGCAGCAUCAGAAGAGAAACUCCCGCGCAAGACGGCCACGUCUGCAUUCAACGAGAAUUUUCGAGUUGAUCCAUUCGGACAUCAUGGAGAUGCCGGUCGCCAAAGAUUGCUCCAGGUACGUGAUCACCUUUACUGACGACUAUUCUCGAGGCUCGUGGGCCUAUGCCAUGAGAUGGAAGCAUGAAGCGCUCCAGAAGUUCCAGAACUUCGAGGCCUGGGUGCACCGACAGUUCGGCGCCUGGAUAAAAAGGUUCCUCACCGACAACGGGAGAGAAUAUUUGCCCAUUGGAACACAUCUCGAAUCCCAGGGAGUUGAGUUUGACACCUCGCCGCCCUACUGCAAAGGGCAGAAUGGACUGGCCGAGCGUACCAAUCGCACUAUCCGGGAGCGGAUCAACACGCUCCUGUCCGAUGCAAGCCUUCCUCCUUCCUGGUGGAUCGAGCUGGUAGACACAGUCGUCUAA